AUGCUGAGCCGUCUGGGCCAGCGGCUGCGUGCAGUGCCAGCUGACCGCUUUGUUCACGUCGGCAACGGGCUCGCGGUUUGUGCGUCAAUGUCAGAUGACAUGAUCCAGCUGCGCUCCUUCAUGAUUGGUGCCACGUGCUGCAACAUGGCCUUCAACCUGCUACAAUCACCACCACUCUUGACGCCCUGCUACUGGGGCACCUUCUUCAUCGCGGUGCACAGCGGCAUGAUCGCCAAGACGCUGCGCGAGAAGAGGCCCAUCGAGAUGAGCGAGCGGGAGAGCGAAGCGUACGAGCGGGCCUUUCUGCCGCAUGGCUGGACUCCCCGACUCUUUCUCGCUCUUCUGGCUGGCUCGAACGGCGAAUUCGUGCAAGUCGACGCCAACGGCCCUGCGCUGGCACAGCAGGGCGAGCCCCGGCGAUUCUUGCACCUGAUCACCAGUGGGCCGGGCGCGUGCGUCGUCCUGCAUCGGGAAGAAGGGGCUGAGGAAGCGAUCAUUUCACGCAUCAAGGCAGCAGACCUGGCGAGAGACGGCUUGUGGGUGGGUGACUGCGUGGACCUCGAACGGGAGCCGGAGGCGCCUGAGACUCGUCCGACCUGGAGUGCGACGGUGCGGUCCGACGGAGGGUCGCUCGAAGGCCUUCGCUUUGACGCCGACCUCUUCCACGAUACUGUGAACUCCCUCGGUGACAAGGCCGUGCAAGCCGCGGAGAAUAUGCAGAUCGCGGCGUUGCGCAAGGAGCGAAAAUACGGUGCCGAGUGGCAGGCGCGGAUGAGAGCAAGCAAUCGCGAGAGGGCACGCGCACUCGAGCAGAAGCACCUCCGGGACCUCGCAGAGGCCCAGUAUCGGGCGAUGGUUGCCCUGGCUGUGGCGGACGGCUGGGUGGCUGUGCAGGAACGCGAUGCCUGCCUCCGCUUCCGCGAAGCUCAUGGCAUCACUCAGGAGCAGCACGACGAGGCACUCCGUGACGUCGACUGGGUCGGGCGGCCGUUCUGA